CACGGGCAACCUCUGCCCAACACUAAACCUGUGACCGGAUUUCAGAGAAAAUGCCCGACUUCGACGUCGCCGCAAUCCGCAAGCAAUUCCCCGCCCUCGACAAGAAACAAAUCUACUUUGACAAUGCCGGCGGAAGCCAGAUUCUAGGCUCCGUCGCCGACUCCAUCGCCACCUACCUCACCACCACCAACGUCCAACUCGGCGCCAGCUACCCCAUCUCCCAAGCCUCCACGCACGCCUCCUCAGCCGCCCACUCCGCCGUCGCCAAAUAUCUCCACACCACUCCCGACAACAUCGUGCUCGGCCCAUCCACGACCCAACUCUUCCGGAAUUUAUCCCAAGCUCUGUUCGACUACCUCGACGCCGAUAGCGAAGUCAUCCUUUCUCAACUCGACCAUGAAGCGAAUAUCUCCGCUUGGCUGCAGAUUGCGAAAUGGAAGGGUUGUACGGUGAAGUGGUGGAAAGGCGAGUCCGUCGGUGGUAAUGCGAGUAACCCGCAGCAUACGACCGAGUCGUUGAGGAAGUUGAUGAGUUCGAAGACGAAGUUUGUGGCCUGUACGCAUGUUAGUAAUGUGCUCGGGACUAUUCACGAUGUCAAAGCACUGGCGGAGGUGGUGCAUGAAGUGCCCGGAGCGAUGUUCUGCGUGGAUGGCGUGGCGUUCGCUCCGCAUCGAGAGGUGAAUGUCGAAGAUCUGAGAGUCGACUUUUAUGCUUUCAGCUGGUACAAGGUUUACGGACCGCAUAUCGCAACUCUCUACGGUUCAGCUGCGGCGAGGAAGAAUUUGACCUCUCUUGGACAUUACUUCCAUGGCACGGAGACGCUUACGAAUCAGCUUGGGCUGGCUGCUGCGUCGUAUGAACUGGCUGCUUCCAUCCCCACCGUCACAGGCUGGCUGGCGCAACAAUCUUGGGAGCAGAUUGCGAGGCAUGAAGAGGAUAUUCAAAAGGUUCUGAUUGAUUACUUGCUUUCGAAGCCGGAUCUGUUCACGAUUUAUGGUGAGCCGACUGCUGACAGGAAGAAGAGAGUCCCUGUUGUGACGUUUGGGAUCAAGGGCUUCAACAAUGAAGAUGUGGUGAAGAAGGUGGAGGAGAAAAGUCACAUUGGAUGUCGAUGGGGAGCAUUCUAUUCGGACCGCUGUGUGGAGGAAGUGUUGGGUAUCAAGGACGCUGGCGGUGUGCUGAGAGUGAGCAUGGUGUUUUACAACACUGUGGAGGAAGUGAAGCAAUUUGUGGAAGUGCUUGAUGGCAUCGUUUCGUCGUAG